AUGGACAUCUUUAGAGAAAUAAAUUCUUUAAAGAAUUUUGAUCACGAAAAUGUGAGAAAACAACUUUUAUUCACUUGGUUAAGGUAGUCUCUUUGAAGGAAAUAUUAUACUCAUCUACUACAGUAUCUGUUGUUUUGGAAUUUGUUGAGUCGAAUCUGAAAUUGGUUAUUUACGAUGAGAGGCGUCCAACGAAUAUGGAUCUACUUAAAAAGUUGUUUUUCCAAGUUUUGAAAGGUAUCCGAUACAUCCACAGCUUGAGUAUAAUGCACAGGGUAAGCAAUGUGUAAACUGCGUCGUAAUAUUUAUAUUGUGGCUAGAAAAUCUAUUCUCUUUUAGGACAUAAAGCCCGAGAACAUACUCGUGUCUCGGACUGGUCGUAUAAAGAUAGCUGACUUUGGCCUCGCUGGAUUAUAUUUACCCGAAGAUAAUGAGAGGACAUACUCCCAUCAAGUGGCGACAAGGUGGUAUCGAGCGCCAGAACUGCUGUUUGGCUCCAUAAAGUACACUCCGUCAGUCGACAUCUGGGCAUUUGCCUGCGUUCUGGCAGAGUAUCUUAAUGUGGGACCGUUGUUUGAGGUAAGUCAAUUGGAUUAUUCAAUUACUGACAUCUUUUCAGGGAGCCAACGAUAUCGAUCAGAUUGGGAAAGUGUUUAAGAUCCUUGGCACCCCGACCAAAAGUAAUUGGCCCGAUUGGGAAAAGACCCCGGAUUACGGGAAGAUGAAUUUUGAUAAAAUGAAUCCCGUCAAAGAUUGGAAGACUGUGGGUGAGUUGAAAAUAAUUUAUUUGAGGUACUUGUUAUAUAACAUAGCAUAA